AUCUUCUUUUCCCUAUAAAAGCGAACCAACUACAGGUCUACUAGUUCAAGAGGAUUAAAAAUGGGACGUACAUAUCUCUAGUUUGUGUGUGAAUCGAACCCCAUCCCAUCUCGGCCGUCCAUUUGUAUGGCUAUCAAAUGGUGUUAGAUUCACGCACAAACUCGUGAUCUGUCUCGUUCACCAUACCCUACUCCUGCUGCUUUUGGCGCCACUUCUUUUUAUAAUUUUACGGUUUUCCCUCUCUUUUCAGCGCCCCUGGCGGAGUCGUAGAAAAGGAGAAAUCAGUCAAUCUCAUUCACACUGUUUCAGAGGAGUACUCAGAUCAGAUGGCUACUGGAUCUGGAGAGGAGUCAACAAGCGCGAUCAUGGAUGAUUACGAGACCUUGAUUUCGACGACCGACGUCGAGCUCUUGAAGAGGGCUUGGCGUAAUGAGAAGGCUGCUCCGGAGAUUCUUCAGUACGAAUCUUCUUUGGUUCAGAGAAUCAAAGAGCAGAUCGAAUUGGCGGAGCAAAACGUGGAGAUGUUUGAAGCGGACAGUAUAGAUCCCCUUACUGUGUCACUUUACCAGAUGGACCUCGAUAGGACUCAGUUUCUGUUGAGAUCCUAUCUCCGGGUUCGCCUCCAGAAGAUUGAGGAGUACUUGUUCCACAUUUUAAAAACUGAUGAGUAUCUAAACCGGCUUUCAAAGCAGGAGCAGAUGUUUGCACGAAGGUGCACUGAUGAUCUGGGAAAUCAUCUCGAUGAGACUGUUCUGUCAAAAUUGCCUGAUAAUUAUCAGUCCAUACUAAAGCAAUCCAUAACAAGCGAAGAGGAUGAUAUGGUGCCAGUGCCACGGUUGGACACAUUUAUUAUCUGCAAAGCCAAACAAUAUCUCUCGAGUAUUGACUUUGAGCCGGAGUACAGCACGGAAAUUACAGAGAUGGAGCGAGAUUUACUUACCUUUGUAUGUUACAAGUUCAUAAAGAGGCCUUUGGAGAAGGGGAAAAUAGAUUUGGUGUAAGCAUUGAUCCAACCACUUUGAUAAUAGUGGUUGUCAUAAACAGCAGGAAGUAAUAUCAGUGACGGCAUCGGGUUUUUCCUCCAAAUGGAGUUGGUAAGCACUUGUCAAGUUUGGUUAUACGCUCAAGGUGUAUUAGUAGCCUAUGGCAUCUUUUACGUGAACGUUGGAUGGGGUAUCAAGAACAUAUAAACUUAGUUUGAGUUUGGCUCAGAAUCAGAUUGAAGCGGGUCAAAUUUAAAUUUAGCUGUAAUAGUCCUGAAUCGGAUUAUAAUCGUAGGGCCGUUGGAAAAUGACGCUAUUAAAAUAUACACGUCAUCUAUCUCGUCAA